CACCACCUCGCGAUCCCCCGAUUUUCGCGCCAAGAUCGCGGUUAUGACACCGGGAUCUUACCGGAGCGUACCAGAUACUCGGAGACACUGAUCAUUCGAUGGUUUAGUCUCUUAUAUUCCUCCAACGGGCCGCUUCUCUGUCCUCGUGCGCGUUGCUAACCAUGGUACCGGCUGCCCACCAAAGAUCUCCUUCCACCUCGCCCAACACCUUGUGAUCCGUCCUGUGUGAGAAGGCGGUUGCAGAUUUCCCAUUAUACGAGUCACUCGGUUAUAUAUCGGCGUUGGCUCCUGGGCGUUUUCUCAUCCUUAGUCCCUUACUUACUUAUAGGCGCGUUGUGUUGGAAAGCAAAAAAGGGUGGACGGACAGCACUAUGGGCUUUGCAGGCUCGAAACAACCCGACAUUUCCUACCAUCCCGACGAGGCCAAGUUUCAUGCGCGUACAGCGCGUCGUCUGGCUGAAGAUCCUUCUCUUUUGGAUGUGCCCCUCCCAGAGGGGUUUCCUUUUCGGGUGGAAGGGCCUAUCGUUUGGGAUGGCAAAGACUGGACUGGCGAAGACCAGUGGGUUUACCAGCUUAGUGACUUUGAGCUGGGCGAGAUCGACGCGGCGCUCGAGCAUUUCAAAGGUACCGGGAAACCAUUAGGCUAUAUCAACAAAGAGACGUUCCCCCUUCCUAAUUUAAGCCCUAUCUUGAAGGACCUCGCCCACGAACUCUACUCUGGUCGAGGGUUUUUUGUUCUACGGACAAUCCCAAUCGACCAGUACACAAAGUUGGACUUGGCAAUUGUCUAUGCCGGUCUAUCGUCACACGUCGGCUCCGCCCGAGGGAAGCAGGAUUCCACUGGGGCGGUACUCGCUCAUAUCAAAGACCUCACCGUCAGCCACGCUCACGAGCAAGGUGGCAUCGGGAAUUCAGCGUAUACGACAGACAAGCAGGUCUUCCACACUGACGUGGGUGACCUGAUUGCUUUGUUGGCUAUUCAAUCUGCUGCCGAGGGCGGCGUGUCGAGGAUCAGCAGUGGAGGGAGGGUGUAUAAUGAGAUCGCGGCCACCCGGCCUGACCUUAUUCGUACGCUGGCGGAGCCCUGGCCUUUGGAUAGCUUUGGUGGAUCUCCGGGAUACACGACGCGUCCGCUUCUAUACAAGGAAGAUGGACAUAUCGUCAUUCAGUACUCUCGACGACAUUUUACGGGGUACGGGUUACAGAAGCGCAGUCCCCAUAUACCACCCAUCUCUGAGGCUCAGGCAGAAGCGCUCGAUGCGCUGCAUUUUGCUGCCGAGAAGCAUUCCCUGGGGUUGAAUUUCCAAAAGGGCGAUAUUCAGUAUAUUAACAGUUUAGGAUUGUUACAUUCUCGAGAUGCGUUCCGGGAUAACGAGGAGCAUACACGACAUCUCAUUCGGCUGUGGCUCCGUAAUGAUGAGCUGGCCUGGAAGACGCCGGGCCCACUCCAGCAUAUAUGGAAGAGGUUGUAUUCUGUUUCUCCUGAUGAUCAGCGAUUCCCGGUCGAACCUGAGAUUAGGAGGAAGGAGAAUGGUGCGACGAAGUGAAUGUAUUAUCUUUACCUGUAUAGAUUUUAUGGAUAUUUUUGGUUAGCGCCAUUGGUGUCAAAGCAAAAAUCCAUAGAUGAUAUAGGAAUAGUGGACUUGCGGGCCGUUUGACAGACGAUGGCAGGUCGA